CCAUUACGAAAACACAAGCGCAUAAAUGUCUCCCCGCGAUAUUUUCUUGAGAAAUGACUUCUACAAAUGAUGGAAAAGACGUGAAAAGUAAUCAAACAAGUAGCCACAAAGGCAAAUCCUAUUAUAUUGAUCUUUACAAGUCUUUAGAAAAACACCUGAGCGAGGAGUGUGAGCUGCGCACGCGCACGCAGCACCUGUGCUCGGCGUGGCGGCGCGUGCACAGCUUGUGUCAGCACUCCGCGCAUACCACACAUCCCCACUACCUCGCCUGGCUGCAGAGGCACACCGCCAACACUCUGCUUCAGACUGAAUGGCAAUCAGAGAAAGAUGAACAUGCGAAGCUCCAAGAGGCAAUCGACUCGUUCAUUGAGGAGAGCAAAGCAGCAGCCACUAACAGAAAUGGCCACAGCCCAGCCUGGGAGUCACAGCUGGUGCAGAGAGGGGAGUGGUUUAAGAAGAUCCUGGGCAACCCCUGGGGACACCCAGUGCUCAAAGUGCUGUGUGACCCGAGGAGCAAGCCGCCUAGCGACGAGGACAUAUUAGAAUGGCUGAAGGAAGAAAGAGGUGUGAUGUUUGUGACGCGGCUUCGACACCUCGCCGCGUCAAAGAAAUGCCACGAAAUUGCUCUAUCACUUGUCACUGCAGUGAUGGACCGCAAGCGGGCUUGCGAGACACUCGUGCCUGACGCAGAACAAGCAGACGAACAAGAACCCCCUCAGCCAGAAGGAAGCAAGGCAACCUUCAAAGACAUUCUCGGAUCGGAGGCCGGAUUCACAUUGGACGUGUGGGAGCUCCUCACAGAUCUGGAGCUGGUACUACUGCACAAACGGAACGAGCAUCCACAGUGUAUUGCGUUGGCGAAGAAAAUCCCGCUCCGAAGUGGCUAUCAGUUGGUAGAGCGGCUCCGCAGUCGCCCGGAGACUUCGCCCCGCGAGAAGAAGCUAUGGAAGAACGCGGGAGACGUCGCCACGCUUGUCGCACAGGUGCUGAUAACCCGCUGCAUGGUGGUGCCCUCGUGCCGCGGCGCAGUGCGCAGCGCCCUGUACUGCUGCGCGCGGUCGCUGGUGCGGCUGCUGCCGGCCGCCACGCUGGCCGCCGCCGCCUCCGCCCUCGCCGCGCCCGCCGCCACCGCCAGGCAUCUGCACACGCUGGCCGCGGCCGUGCACACUCAGCUGCAGCAGAAGGCUGAAGACAUGAAUUCGUUCGUGUGCGAGUUGUACGUGCGAGCGAUCACGGCCGGCAUGAACGAACUGGAAAAGCUCAAGUUGAAGACUGAAAAGGAAGCGGAAGCCCGCAGCACGGAGCAGACGCUGGCCAGCUGGUUCACGUCGCUGGGGUCACUGCUGGCCUGCAGCGUCCGCAUCCAGUGCGAGUGUGUGCUCACCGCCUUCUCCGUGCAUCCCACUGCCGCUAUGUACGAUAAGAUCUGCGCUCAGCCGCGGCUCACCACCAAACAGGUUAUACAGGAGCCAAAAGAAGAAACGAAGUCGGAAUUCGGUAGUUGGGCGAGCGACAGCAGGUCUCAGACGAACUUGGUAAAAACCUCCGAAACCCUGAACCUGAAGCAGACGCAGCAACAUACAAACGUCAUGUCCACGGCCAUAUUUGCCGAAGGAGAGGCGCUUGGAUUGUCCGCUGAGUUGUGUCAAGAUUUGACUGUUUGUCUGUCCGGCCCCAGAGUCAAAACCUUGUCGUGGGAUAUGGAUAGGGAGGUGCUGCUAGAGAACUGCCGCACGUACAUGGAGCGCACUCACGGCGGCACUAGGGCGCUCACCACUGAACUGAAGUACUUGAACCUCGACCCCAGCGAGUACCAGCAUCUGCCUGAGGAGGAGGACAACGAGAAUGACGUCUACUACGGCAUUGAGAAAGGUUACGAGCAUUUAGUGGAGUUGCAAGAGGAGGUCGGCUGGGAAGAGGAACUCUUUGAUCACGAGGCCACAGAAACUGCGUACUCGAGUGAGGACAUGGAAGAAAUACGUCUCAGGCGAAAGAAGAAGUCUAAAAAACUGGUUCUACCAUCCGAUGAUGAAUCAGAUCCACUAAGCACAUUCACGGAGUCCAAUAAAGGCGAUAAGAAGAAAGAACGACCUCACAGCAAAGAGAGGAGUAAAGAGAAAAAGAAGAAAUCGAAAAAUCCAGAGGACAAAGCGAAGAGGAAAGAGAAGAAAGAACGGAAGAAGAAAGAAAAGAUUGCCAAAGCUGGGUCUUUAGCGUCACUUAUAGGCGUAAAAGUAACAACAGAGCUCGGUCUAACAAUAUCGGAUAGCGAUUAUGAUAGUCAAGGAAAAUCCUCAUUAGCAUCGGAAGGAAAUGAUCCAAACGUUGUAUUUGACGGUCUCUUUAACAUGGACGACCCGCUAUCAGAACAAAAAGAACCGAAACUUAUGAACGGUGAACUCAGUGUGGUCAAUGGCGAAGUUGUCGUCAAUAAAGAGCCCAAAAAGAGACCAAGUAACAAAAAUAAAUCCAAGAGCAGUACAAAUCUAUCAACGAUAGAAACGAAGCCUGUUCAUAGUGUUAAAAGUCUUUUGAAUUUGAAUUCAAAGCCUCCACGGCCGUCUGCUUCUGGUGUCGUCAGUGAACAGGUCAAACGAAGCAUAACUAAAUUGCUACAGUUCAGACGCAAUCAAAACUCUGUUUUGGCACAAAAAAGCGCUGCAAAGCCUGAACAUAAACCACUCAACGCCAUAUAUAAGCCUGAGUUUCCAUCUCAACAGGUGAUAAGCCCUAAGUCUGUCAUAGUCCCGGAAAUACCAAAAUCGUACAUAAAUAAAAUGGACCGGUUAAAUGCCGAGAGAAAUUCAUCUACGUUUCUAAAUCCAACGUCAAUAGGACACCCACUAUAUAGAUCAAAUAGUGACACACGGCAUAAUGUUCCACCACAGCACAGUCAUAAAAGCAAUAGUGAACCUAUCACACCACAGACUUUUAGCAGUCCUGAGUUGCCUAGACCCGUCAGUAAAUAUAAAGAAAUCGUAAAUUAUAAAUUUCGAGACAUUUUGACUAUACCAAAUUUUUACCAAAAUACGAAUUUCAAUCAGACUUCUACACCAAACAUUUUGGGCAAAAGUCCAAGUCCUCGAGUACAGCCAAAACAUGUUUCAACGUCGCUGUCUCGAGUAGACCGAACACCGCAGGCUCAAGAACACGCAAAGAGCUAUGAGAAUUUUCUGAUAGAUUUGAAAACAGCUGCUAAUCCAGCGCCCACCGCGUGUCCUGAAGCGUUAGUCAAUAAGGAUGUCCGAUCGAUGAGUCGAGUGUCGCCCAGUAUGUCCGGUUAUCCGGAUCUAACGAUAUCUCAACAAUGUGCCAAACAAGCCCCUCAGAAGAAGGUAGAGAAUGCUCCGAACACGUUCUCACGUCUUAGCUACAUGAAAAAUAAACAGUCCGACUUUAAACACAAACAGACAGUUGAAACUCACGCGAGCCGUAAAGAGGAGUUGAGUCAACGAGCGAGAGCCCAAACCGAUUUGUCGCGAUGUAUGUCAGAGUUUAAAAAUACUAAGUUAAAAUACAUGCAAGCAACAAAGGCCGAUACUGUUAUAACUCGCGUCGAUAACCCUCUCAAUUUGUCGUGUAAUAAUCCGAACAUCCGGAAAGCAGGAAAUGAACAAUCAACUAGUAGCCACUCCAUCAUGAAUAUAUUACAACCCAGUACAAGUAUAUCUCAAACGCCAGUGUCAAGGUACGAUGUUGAUACAAACAAAGCGAUACCACCUGCUACUAAAACCUCGUAUUUAACUGAAAAAGAUCAAAAUGAUUUGUUACUUAUGUUGCGACAACAAAACCGUAUAAAUGCUGCCAGAAAUGCUGUCAGUCAUGUCCCUCCUACUCCACAUACGCCAAUAAAUAUGACAACUGAUAAUGCGUCGUCUAGUCUGAGCAACCCCGUACAGACUACUAGUUUGAUGAAUAAUAAUUUCAUACAAUAUGCAAAUACAACAGAGAGUAAAGAAACAAGCCAGCCUGCUUCAAAACUUUCGAACAGUUUGCUUAUACGUCCACCCAAGAAUGUACCAAAUCCAGGUGGACGUGGAAGUAAAAAAGCAACCAAGGCCAAUGUACGGAACCAUACUUCAAAAGGUAAACCUAAAGAAUCUGACGUUCUUGAUUGGGAAAAAGUGAUGAAUGCUAUUAGAGCACAAAAGACUCCUAGUAGAGGACCGUCCGCGCUUGAGUUGGCUUUGAAAACAAGUGCAGAUCCUUCUGAUAAUAGUCUACGAAAUCAGCGAAUAGUUCGCACGAGCUCUGUGGAAGAGACGAAUAAAAUUACUAAGACUGUUGAGACCAUAAUCAGUCAAGCAAAUAAUAUAAACACUCAAAAAACGUCAGUUAUAUCUUUUUCUCAACCACCUAAGAAAGAUGUAGUCAGUACAACGCAAGAUAUUCAAAACAAAUCGGUUAUAGUUCAAACCCCACAAUCAGAUUUGCAAAAUAUAUCAAUAGAAUGUAAAAAAUCUACAAAAAAUGCACCCAACAAAACACCUACAGCGGAAGUCGAUAAAAAACAGUUGGUUUCCGAAAAAAAUAAGUUCGCUACAACAAUAUCAAAAAAUAAAGAUCCUUUCAUAUCGGGCAGAGAGGAAGAUUAUAAUCUGUCAGACUUAGAUGAUUUGUUGGAUGAUGAACUUCGUCGAGAACUAGGAGAACUGUCUUCAGACGAAGAGUCCUAUCGAAUGCCUCAGCUGCCGAAAGAGGGGUCGAAACGAGUUAAACUUCUCUGUAGUAAAAAUAGUAAUUCUUCGAACAAACAAAGUCUUGCUGGUGGAAGUGGUUCACAGAAAGAAAAGAUUCAAGUUCCAAAUCCACCACAUACGAUGAACAAACAGUAUCAACAAGAUGAAAUCUCAGUCUCAAAUUGCAAAUACACAAAACCGAAAGAAUGUGUUCGUAGUCAAACAAAUGAAACUAAAACCAAAGCGCCAGAGAGUAUAGACAAUAGCCUGCAAUACCAAAAUAUUAUUAAGGCAAACAAUGAAAAUUUGAAUAAAAAAGUACUACCAAAUAAACAUCAAGGAGGUGAUUUGAGUUCGCAUUAUGAAAAUAUGACGCCACUUAGUAAACCUGUAAUUAAGAAUCCGAGAAAAAUCUCAGCUCCGAACCUACAUCACCAAUAUAGCACAGUCAACAAAGAUUUGUUAAAUGAGACAGUUAACACUAAUAAUCGAGCCACUGAUCCUUGUUUAGGUCAGCAAUAUCUUGAUGCAGCUAAUAGAAGUACGUGUGUUGUUGAGGAACCAAGGAAAGUUUAUGUAGUACCAACGGUGGUACCUACUGUAUCAGCACCAACACCCAACAUUGUCCUUUUAGGCACAGAUAUGUUCUACAGCCCAAUUCCUAUUAUACAAAGUAACAUUAAUUCGGUAUUUUUACAGCAGAAUGAAACACAUAACAUUACCGUGCCCCAGCCAGUAUAUUGUGCUACUCCGGUUUGCACUCCCCACAUAAGUACGUCUGCUGUAUCUACACCAACAAUGGUGAAUUUUGACCAAACAUCACAAAUGCAUCAUGUUACAAAUCAGCUGGACUUGCCUGCAAGCAGCCAAAGUCAGUUCAAUGAUAAUAGUGAGCAUAUCGAAGUCAAAACUGGAUAUGUAAAUGCCACGAUUAACACUGACCAGCCCCUACAAGAAAAUACAGCCAAUUUGGAUAAUAAUGUGAUGACUGAUAUCAACUCAAAUAAACAACACGAGGGAAGUGUAUUGUCUGAAGUACAAGAAUGUAGAAACCUUAAUGUUUGUGAUACAGCACCUGCCAGUGCUAGAAGUCGUUCGAUAUCCACAGAAGAGGUUUUAAGUGAUAUAUUAAAUAAUCAAGAUCAAACUGUUGCCAAUGAUUUAUUGGUAAAAAAUUCUGCAGGCAAAAAAGUAAUGAAUGAUGUAAAUGAGCGAUAUUCUAUAAAUGACAUCGAAAGACUGAUGAGAAAACGUUUAGCUAUUAUUAAUAGACAGAUCGUUCAUAACUGCAUUUAUCCGCCUAUUGCUUUAAGUUAUGCUCCGAUAUUUAAAAAGUUGUCUCAUAUUGACAUAUGCCAUAAGAAAUUAGAAACUUCAGUUAAUACAAGAAAACAUAAUGUUGCACCUCAAGAUAUUGGUGAUUUUGUAUCAGAAGAUAAUCCUCGCAGUAUAGAUGUAAAUCAGAAGAAAUCAGAUACAAGGAAAGUUGUAGAAGAGAUUGUGGAUGAAACUAUUAAAACUUCGCCAUCAAUAAACGUCAAAGAAACAAGUAAUGAACAUAGUAAAGAAAAUACGAGCAUUUCCACGACAUGUCGACGUAUUAUGCUGCGAUCGUCGAAUAAAAAUUUGCCAAAUAUAUCAACAGAUGUUAAUGAUAAAAAUCCUAUUGGUAGAAAGACUAAAGUGAGACUAAAAGUAGCCAAAAAGAAAAUAAAUUACGAUACCAAUGAGUUGAACAUAAAUAACGACGAAAUAGUAAUAAGUAAAACUAAUCACAAAAAGAAAGUUAAAAGAAAAACUGUUGUAACUAAAAAUAAAACUAAAUUAAUACAUGAAUCUAAAGAUUGUGGUACAAACGACAAUACAGAAAUAUGCGUCAGUGAGACUCUACCUGUACUAAGCCUUGACAUAGAAGAUGUAUUAUUGGAUUCUAAGAUUCCCAAUAUUAACCUUGUCCAAACACAGGCUGUAACGGCUCUUGAAGAUGCCGAUAGUGAGAAGUCAAGUACAAAUAAAGCAAAGAGUGAUGUAACUUUACAGAAUAAAAAUGUAAAACUUAUUCCACCACAAUCCACUUCUGAUGUAGUUGUAGAUGAAAAGUCUAAUGCAAAUGAAGUAGUGAUUUCACAGAAUAAAAAAGUUUCAUUGAGACGAAAACGUAAGUCGUCAAAAAUUGUGGUCAAAAGCAGCAUUGAAAUUGAUGAAAGCAGUAAAAAAGCUUUGGAUAACGUAACGGACAUUGAUACUGGGGUAGCAAAUAAUCAUGGCGAUAACCACCGAGUAACAAGAUCAGUAACAAAAACUCCUAUUGAGAAAAUAAUACAGAACACACGAAUGGCAAAUCCAGAAGAUACAAACUGUUUAAAUAAAACUAUUUUUGCAAAGAAAUUACAAGCCACAGUUCCGAAAAUGCCUGUUCUUAUAAAUGAUGUUACCGAACAAGAAUCUAAUGGUAAUACUAAUAAGACACAAACUUCAAACCUCGAUAGGUCUACCAUAGUUACGAAUUCACAAUCAAAUGAUACUACAAAAUCUAGCACUAAUAUCAUAAAUGAUUUAAACAAAACUACUACAAAUAAAAAUCACGAGCUAUCACAACAUAUCGAUGAAGGCAUAAAAAGUACAAGUAAAACUUUUCAAAGUAUUUUGGAAAAAAAUGUUGUAAACGACAAUCAAGGAAUAAUAAAUCAGAUUUCUGGAGUUUGUCAGCAAAAAAGUGAUGUGAAAAUAAAAUCAACAGAGGCAUUCCAGAAAAUCGUCGACUCCGAAGCAGAUGCUGAUAAAUCUGUAUGUUCUUCAAAUGUUGAAAGUAGCGAAAUAUUACAUGAAAAACGUCAUUUUCCAUUAAAUGCUGAUAACACAAAAUCUUCCAAUAUUAUGCCACCAAAUAUUGUUGAGAAUAGCAAACUAUUACAAGGAAAUCCACAAUUGGCAACAAAUGGCCCGAUGUCAUCCAAUGUCGCGGCACCUAAUGUUGUCAGCAAUAAGAUAUUACAUGAAAAAUCAGAGCAACCAAAGGAAAGUAACACAUCCAAGAUAUGUCCUAAUAAUUCAGAAAAAUGUAAUAUACCACAAUCGUAUAAAGAUAGUAUUAUUAUCGAAGAGAUAUCCAAUAAUAAAGGGAGUGACGUUACAAAAUUAUUAAGAGUAAAACUUCCGAAUGGUAAAGUCUUCAAAGCAUCUGUUUAUGGUAAAAUGCAUUCUUCAUUCGACUCUCUAUUUGAAGAUCCAUCGUUGCGAGCUAUGCUUAUGAGCGAUUUUAAUGAACACAGAAAAUAUACAUUGAAUAUUAAACAGAUUUCAAAAACAAAUAGAGAAAAUCCUGAGAAACCGAUUGAAACAAGAAUCCAAGAAAUACAAGUAAAAACAAAAAAUUUAGCUCCUGCUGUUAUAGAAACUAUUGACUUAUUGAGUGAUGAUGAUGAAAAGGACGAUAGUUUUUGUUUUAAAACUAAAACAGGAGUUUACAAAACGCUUAUCAAAGAUAAAGAUAUCGUGGCCAAACAUCAAGCCAAGUUAGAUCAAAAUUGUUGUGUGAAAGUAGAAAAGCUUGUUCUACCUAAUAUUAAUAAUAAUUCCGAAGUCUCACUAAGUCCCCAAAUUGAUGGUAAUUCGGAUAUUUUAGACGAUGUAAGUUUACCACCUGUCUUUCUGAAUAGCAAACAUGAAACUAUACGAACUGAUGCAUUUAAUGUCCAAAAUAUACCACCUAUGGUUGAUAUUUGUCAAAAUGAUAGCAAUCAUGUCAAACAAUAUCAAAAUUCGAAUGUGAUUGAUAUUGACGAAUCAUCCAAUGAUAGUAUUGACCUUUUGAAGAACUGUCCAGAAGGACUUAUUGCGGAUGUGUCUUUAACUUUGAAUAAUUAUGAAUUACUUGAGGAUGUUUAUAAUGAUAUUGUAAAGCAUUCAAAUAUCGUGAACAAUAGUAAAACAAGUAUGGAUGUCAGCACUGAUCCUGCAGAUAAUACUAAUAACGUAAAUGAAGUUCAGCUGCUAGAGGAUAAUACAAAUAUUUCUAAUGAAAACCUUGAAAACGUUAAUGAUUAUGUAAGGAAAACGCCAGAUGACAACUUUGCUGGUAUUGUGGAAUAUUUAAGUACCAUAAGUAAUAAUGAACCAUGUGUGGAUGGUAACACUGAUACUGUAUGUAACCCUAGUAUCAAAAAUGAAGCUCCGACUCUAAAGAACAUUAUUAAUAUUGCAAAUAACCUUGAAACAGAAAAGAAAAUAUCAGAUGACAACAUUGCUGAUGUUGCGCAAGUUACUAGUAACGGAGAAGAAAAAAUACCAAGAGAAGACAAUUUUAAUAAAGCAGUAAAUACCAUUAACAAUCUUCUCAUUGUUAAUGAUAAAGAGAAUUAUGAAAUACAAGCUCCUGAAGCAUUUAUUCCAUCUAAAGAUGACACACCAACAUGUGACACAUCAACAAUUAAAACCCAGAAUUGUUUCGUGCCGCUCAUUAGAUGUGACGAUCUCGUUAAAUUUUACAAUAUACAAUAUGCACUUAACAAACAAUGUUUCGUAAGCCUGCAAAGGUGUGAUUCGAUUAUUGAAUCAUUAAAAGGUUUUGAAAAUGAUGUUGAUGCUGUAGAAAUUAAUAACAUACCCAACGAGAUACUGGAUGCGACAAUAGAAUCGUCAGAUACGGAAACGUCGAGUACGGCCUCUAUUUCGAUACUUAAAGAUUUAUCAUUCUUCUCUGAAAAAUAUGAUGAGGGAAACGGCAGAAAUUCCCCUGUUAUUGAGGUUUUUGAAGCAAUAGCGUGUUUGCGUAAGAAAUGUGAAAUUGACAAGGAAGGCAAAACUGGGUACCAUACUAACAAGUUUGAAUGUGAAUGGUUGCUAACAAAGCGGCAAAUUCAUAUUGGGUGUAAGAAUAUCGAAAUUCAAGAAAAUACAAGUGUUUUGAAAAGAUCUUUCACACCACGACUGGAUGAUCUGUCUACAGAAAGACCAAAUUUGGUUGAUAUUAUUUUAGUGCCCAGUUUAGUAUCGAUUAUGACGCUCUUUUUUCAAGACAGUAGUGUAUUAGACCAGUAUCGACCUGUAUCGAAAAAACAAAAUGUAAAUAGAUUGAAUAUAAGUCCCACAAUCUGUCUCAAAAGAAAAAUGCCAAAACUUGCGGAUAACAUUGUCGCAAAUAAAUUAUCCAAAUUGGUACUUGGAGAUAAAGACAAUUCUGUUAAUAACGUAAUAAGUAAACGUUUUAAUGGUGAAUAUUGUACUAUGAUUGUAUCACCUGAUGGUUGUAACAAUGAAAGCAAACCUUUUAUCGUGGAAAAUGAAAUGCAUCAUAUCAAUAAUAUUCCUCAGCUAGUAUCAAACGGAAAUCAGGGCAACAAAACUGAAAUCAUAGACGAUUUUACCAACAAAGAUAUUUAUGUGUGUAAAGAACAUAAUCAAAACGUUGUGAUCGUCACAAAUAUAGAUAAUAGUUAUGUUAAUACUUGUUCUGAAUUAUCUCCAAAAGAAAUCAAAAACUCGAAAACCGCUUGUAACGAUAAAAUGCAAAAUAAGAUCAUGAAAAACUAUGUCAAUGGGAACAAUUCUAUAACAAAGAAUGCGUCAGCGUCAUAUGAAUGCAAAACUGAAAGUAGACUGGAAAUCAUGGAAAAUAUUACAAACGAGAGCAAAACUUUAGAAGAAAUAGAAGAUUUUGCCCAAAAUCAAGAUGUUCUCGAAGUCAACAUAAUGCCAAAUCGAAGUUUUCUUAUGGAUAAUGUAAUUGACUCACACAAUAAUGAUAACUCGGUAUCAAUUUACGCCAGUUUAAACUGUGCUGACAAAAUUUCUACACUAGCAGAAAAAUCUGAACAUGCUGCAAUUGUUGGUAUUGUAUCAAGCGUACCUCAUACAACUGAUGUGGAAAGUUCACAAACUGAUAGCUAUUUAGGAGAAAGUGAAAGUCCACAAUGCCAUAUUACAGAUAUAAUUGAAAUUAAAAAUGAUGAGGGAUUAAAAGUAGUGGAAUUUAAAAUACCAAGUCAAGACCAACAAUCUGAUGGAAAGGACAAAAUAAUGAGCCCAUGUCAAGAAAAUUAUGAACAUUUAGAAAGUGACGUAUUGAAUUUAAAUGUUUCUGAACACUCAUCAGAAGUAUUGACAAUAGGUAACCGACAAUUUAAUUAUACAAUAGAAGUUGAAAGUUUCCAAAUCACUGAUACCAAUGUGGAAUAUGAUAACAUUGAUCGACGAAUAUCUAAAAAUAUCGUUGAAUUAAAUCAGGAUAUUACGAGUGGUGAAAUCGCGAAAUCACAAAAUUUGGUCAAAAACCAAAGUGAAAUUAAUUUUGAAAAAGAUAAUUCAGAAGUUUACUUAUAUGACAAUAUUGUUAAUAAGCCAAUGCCUCCUAAUGAAAAUAUUGCCAUUAACAAUAUUGCCCAAUUGGAUGAUGUAACUGUUACCGAAUACUUCAAGGAUGUAGUUGAUCUUAAAAAAUACAAAAAUAUUGUAAAGGGUGAUUUAAUUCAGGAUGUUGAAGAUAAAAAACAAAAACAAGGGGUUGAGCAAGUUAAUGACGAACAACUUGUAGAAAACAUAGUAGUUGAAAAUCCAGAGGAUUAUCAUAGUGACAGCACGACAUAUUCCAACAAAUGUAUUGAUAAAAGUAUACAUGAUGCAAAUAUUUGCCCAGAGAUAGCUGACAUUGAAAACGAAUGCUGUAUAGGUCUAGAAGUAACAUGUGGAGAUGUUGAAAAUAUUGACAAUGAACUUCUUGUGGGUAAACUGACUAGUGCUGAGAUAAGCAUUGAAAGCUGUUACGAAAAAAAUUCGAAAGCUGAACGGAAAGACAAGAUUUUCGUACAAAAUCCUAUUCCAGACCACGAAUAUACUGACUUACUUCGAGCUCCUGGUGAAACUGCAGAAAUGCAAACAUAUGAAAAGGGUGAUGAUGAUAUAACUCCUUGUGUUAAUAAUGUAUUCAACGAUGAUGAAGAUAGAAGUAAAUGUAUGUUGAGAGGUGUUGAGAUUGAAGAUCCCGAUGUCGGAGUUGUGUAUGUGUUAUAUCCAAUAGACGACAGUACAAGCGAUGUGGGCACACCUAAUAGCAGCUAUGAAGAUAUAACUGAAACAUUUGAAGAAACAGAAGUUGCUGAAGAUGUGGUUGACAGAGAUGAUAAUAAAGAUAUGUUGGAAGUUAAUAUACCUAAAAUGACGUAUUCUAAACCACUUAAAUACGGUUUGAAUUCUAAGCAACAUUUAAAGCGUAAGAUAGAUUUUUCAGAUCCUAAACCCACGCCGAAAAAAUAUAGAAAAGGAAAGAAUAUUGACUAUCCCAAAAUUACAACUGCUGCUAUACUUGAACAGGGUUAUACCAAAGAGUAUAAACGUGUUUUGGAUUACUCGAGUUCUCUCAAAUUUUCUUAUACGCAACCAUUUCAUAAAGACUAUUUGGACAUUGAUAAGACAAUUAAAGAUUGGCCAAUAAAAGGUCCGUGUGUUUCUCAGCCCGAGCUUGCUAUAGAAUCUCAGUGCACUCUAUUCACAGAUAUGGAAACGAAUGUUAUUUAUGAACCUGAGAUCUUAAACCAAACAUUACAGGAAGAAAUAAACCAAAAUUACACAGAAAAGACCGAACCUUCAUCAGACAUCAACGAAAUAAAUUUCAAUAUGGGUUUUGGUGAGGGGUCCGGCAGAGUCAUACAAAAUUUAGAAGAUGUAGAUGACAAUUCAAAAGUUUCGGCUGCGACUCUGUCGGACGUAAAGCAACCUCAGCCGUUUAUACUGUCCGAAGAUUGUGAACAAAAUCGCAAUAAUAUGAACGCUGCAAAGGAUGAUCAAAUAGAAAAGAUACAGCGUUAUUUAACAUAUAUACAACUACGUGAUAAAGUAAAAACUUUCUUCCAAAAGAGCUCAAUUGAACUUGAAUAUGAUGUGCUUGGUAAGAAAAAAGAUGUUGAACACACUUAUGACUCUACUAAUUUUCCAUUUGAUCUUUACAUUCAAAAUUUUAUGGAGCCACGGCCAUUUGAAGCUAUUGUGCAAGUGGUACAGGUCGGGCAAUUGCCUGUUAGUGCUGCUGCGCAGAACCCUGUGACUUGUGACCCGCGAGUCACGCAUGUAUCCGACGCCAGUCCAUCUCAGUGCUCAGUGGAAAGCAGCCCUCACGAUGAGUCCUCAACGCCCAUAAAGACUGAAUACACAGAACUAACUACAGCGGAUUUGAGUCUCCCAUUAAUGCAAGAUUACGUUCAACACACCCAAACGAUGGAUUUACACGAUAACCAAAACGUAACCACGUCUGAUGAAAACAUACCAAUUGAGACUGAAAUAAAAUCUGUGGUCAAAAUUGAGUUGAUGGAAGAACUGCCUGAAGAAAAAGAAAAGUCAGAAUUUUUGGAGAAUUCUGACAUACAAUCUAUGGAAGUAAAUCAUAGCAAUAAUGAGUAUUAUUAUGAAGAAAAUAAUACGCCUACCGCAUAUGAAACGACCAAUGUAACUUCUGAAUACGAUCCACCAAAUACCAUUGCACCGCCAGAAGAGACUAAUGCGCAAAUGAUGUAUAAUACCGAAGAGAAACAAACAGUAGAAGGUGACCUUCCUCAGGAAAAACAACAAAAUGGUUCCCCUGAAAAAACUGAUCAGAUUGCGCACGCAAUGAGCGCUGCUGGAAUAACUACUACGGCUGAAACUGCUGCUGACAACGGAACCCAAGCAUUAGUUGACAUGUUGUCUCAAAAGAUGUGUGAGGGUGCCGUCGGUGCUAAUACUACUGCCGCAAAUAGUUAUCCGAAAACGACUGCAAUCAAUGCCAUGGCUCUUCAACAAGCUCUUGCACAAAUCUUACCACCUCCAUUAAAUCAAACGAAUGUUAACGAUAGUAACCAACAAGCAGCUAAUAAUCAAGCAACACCCCAAGUGUUACAUAUAGUGCAAGGUAAAAAUGCAUCAGGAAGUCAAAUCACACUGGUGGAUAAUUCUCAACAAUCAGUCAUAAGUGGUACGAACACUACACCGGUAUUGCAUAUAGUUCAGAAUAAAGGUGGAACGACGGGAGCAACUACAAAUGGUGCUUCCGGAGCUCAAACCAACUCGUUUAGUGGUUUGUCGUUAGUUGAUGCAGGACUCCAGCAAGGUGGCAACCAAUUAUUGCAUAUUGUGAAUACUGGCAGUCAGAAGAAUAAUAAUACCGGUCAGUUACUGAAACGAGUCAAUCUCCUUACUAAUUUGGCAAAUGUUCAGGGCUCAAAUGAGCAGAAGAUGGUGCAAUUUGUCUGCAAAUCAGCUGAUGGAAAAUCGAUCCAGCUCAAUGCUCCACAUCAAAGAAGUAUGGUCUUGAGGCUGCAACCAAUUGAAUCGCCAGCGCCAGCUUCUCAAUCAAAAACAGCUGAGAAUCAAGAAAGUCUGUCACCAUCGCCUGCCAUUGCGCAAAAUAAAGACAGCGCUUCACAACAAGAAAUAAAAUCUCGCUCUGUAUAUGAAGAGAAUUACGCAAAAUUUAUACAGAACUCUUCUACUAAGCCGGCAGCUGCAGGUGAAAAAUCUACCAGUCUGCCGAAAUUUAAUCAAGCAUUUGGCAAACCUGUUUUCGAAGACGGCACACAAAAAUCGGAUGAAAUAAAUACCAAUAUGCCAGCAGUAAAUGCUCCACAGGAGAACAGUGAAAGUCAGCCCGCUGACAGUAAUGCGAUUAACUUGGAGCACAUAAGUCAAAUUAAUAGCCCUCCAUUGUUACUGAGGAAAUCACCGGCUCAAACAUCUCAAGCCCAAACCAACUUGGUCCAGCAAAUAAAGCAGACUAUAGCACCUAUGAAUAUACAGACUAUGCAUGGUGGCGUCAUUUACACCCGACAAAUACCUGUAAACAUAGGAGGAGGACAAACUAUCAACCUAAUAACAGUGCCUAGCACUGAACUGAUUGACGAGUCUGGGCAAAAGCAACAGCCCAAUCAGGGUGAAAUAGAACCUUCUAUAAUAAAGAUCGUUCCCCAAACUCAACCAAAUAGUAAUACGGAAGUGUCGUCUGAAGAAAAUGGAAAUAAUGCGGGUACUUCAAACGAAAAUAAUCAGAAUCCGCAACCACAGCCUGUUUUAACACAAAUGAGGAUAAAACUACCGAUGUUGAGCAAGACGCCGCAGAUGGUGUCAGGGUCGAGGGUAGUUCGCCCUUCUUUCUUCCAGAUUCAAAGGAAUGUCAUCGGUGGCGCGAACCAACCUGUGUAUCAACAGUUGGUAUUGACGGCAGCCCCACCUUUGGGCCAACAAACUAUUCGUUUGCCCACAGCGCAAGCGAAUCGACAACAGCUUAAAGUACCAACAGAAAGUCAGUCGACUGAAUCCAUGAGCUCAUCUACGCUGGAACAGCUAAGGGAAUUCGAUAUGGUGCUCGAGCAAGUCAAGGAAAGAAGUACCGUUCAACCAAAUUCUAAUUCUUCCACGACAUUUCCGAAGCUUCACACGCCGUCUACAGAUACCACAGAUAACGCAACAUCAGUAGGAACAACUCCAUCAGAGCCCAGUCAGAGCCAAGUCCUAUAUUCGAUUGGAAACAAUCAACCAUUAAAUGUUGCUUAUGUGAACCGAAAAACACCAGUUUCUACCCCAACGACGUCUACCUUUGUGCGGUCGCCAGAUUCAUCCGGCAUUGCCGAUUCUCCCACAUCGUCGACCCAUGUUCAAAUACCUCACACGGUCACUUCUGAAAGUACGUCAAGCGAGACUCCAACUCAGCCGAAACCUGCAAAAGUAGGCUCCAAAUCAAAAUCAAGACCAAAGUCAUCAUCGCAUCCCCCUAAUAAUAUGAAAAUAAAUCCGGUUCCUCCGAAAACGUCUACACAGAAGCCGUUGGAAGAUGAACAGACGACUCAAAGGAUAUUAUACAUAUUGGCAGAAUAUAAAGAACAAGUCGAAAAUUCUCCCGAUAAAGACAAACCUGCUCCACGCAGGCGGUCGCAUCCUCCAUCGAAUCCAGGGUCAUCAAAACGCAAGAAGAGUUCAAGCGGGUCUCGCCGCCACGGUCGCGAUAUGAGUCCAAUUCACGGAGAAGAUACGUGCCGUACUAUGGGAUCGGAGGAUAGCAGCUGUGGCACAUCUCAAGGCGAUUGUAAUGAGAGCUGCUUGGAAAGUCAUUCCCCUCAAGACAGCCCUCGGAAGAUCGUCAGAAAAUUGACAUUUGAACACGAGACUCCUGUACAGCAGCCGCGGCCGCAGCCUCAGCGGAACGUGAUCGUCGCUGAUGGCCAGACGAUAACGGUCGCUCGCGGUACUGCCGGUAAACCAACAACAGCUGUUCUCAUGCCUGCAAAUUACAUCUUGCCUGUGUCUAUGGUGAAAAGCGGCCAGCAAAUAGCGAUUGUUACAAACCGCGGUCCGAAGUUACUAACAGUCGGCGGGGGAGAGAGAGGCACGACUAAUGCGUUGUUGCUUCAACGACUGAUCGGACCGGCGGGGUUGAAACCUGUGUUAGCUCGACCGGGAGUUCGCCACGUCCGUUUGCCGGCGGCGGCCCUACAUAACUUACAAGCGUUCAACUUGGCAGCAGCCGCGACUGUUCAACCGCCCGAUAGUACCGCUUCACCUGCGCCUGCGCCGACGCCACCUGAGCUGAUAGACACUCGAGCGGCUAGUUCCCCUUGGACCGAUCGAGAGUCUCAAGACGUGAAGGCUGAUAGAGGCUCGAGUCCAGAGGAGGAGCCAUGGAAUCUGCCUUCCUCAGCUGAUCCACACGACUAUACCUAUGAAGAGACAGUGCGGGCUGAAAACAUGGACCGGACUGUUCUUGACGCGAUGCCAGAUCGGUACAGCCCCGAUAUGGAGGCUCAAAGGAUAUUUGAUAAGAUGUUCGACGUUGACUCCAAAAAGUCGUACAUUGUGGACUCCCCACGAUGCGGUUACGAUAUAGACGCGUCCGAUUGCGACGAUAAACCGUACCACCAGGUCGUACACAAGAAAGAUGGUACUUCGCAACGACACCACAGACUAACACACGUUUCCGCCGCGGCGCUGAGGCAUAAGUACGCCAUAUUGGAACACGAAUUAAGGCUGCAGAAAUCUCUAUCAGAGGAGUGCGAAGAUCUAGGCGUGGACUCCCCAUCGGCGUCGGAGCUGUUCCCCGAAGCGGAGCUGCUGUUCGCUGCGUCCCCGGCCCACGACCACGCCCAGGAGCAGGGGGCGCAGUCCCACACGACGCAACCGAGCCACGCGAGUAUCCCCCAACCAGACAUUGACGACCAAAUAGCGACGGACCAGCUCCUCAACCGCGACGACAUCGAGCGGCAACAGCUGGAACUCGGGCUGGAGGACGUGGGCAUCGUGAGCGUGGGCGACGGGAUGCAGCACAUCGCGCUCAACCAUGAGGAGUUUGCGCGUGCGCAUCCCAAUACGACAUUCCAUAGCGAGCCUACCGAAGAAGCGCCGGUGCAGCCAUUCACAAUAGCUGGCUUGAAGGGCCGCCACAUCACAUCGACGAUCUUCCACUCCAACCGCGCGCCCGCCACCGUCCUCAUGACGGCGCCGCAGACCACCGUCAUAUCCCAGGCCACGGCCGACCCUCACGCCGUCAAAUAUGACCUCGACCACAUGAUCAACUCAUUGCCCUCAUCGCACAACAUCAACCUAUCCUCAGUGCUGGUCAAAGACGAUGGCCUCACCAGAUUCGACAGCAUUCUCAACGAUUCCAGAGAAUUGCACCUCACGCACACAGCCUCCGCUAUAGUCCACUCCACCGGAAACGCCACGCAAGUCAUUAGACGAGUCUGCUAUGAUGAUAAAAGAGAUAGAGAUACCAGCUUCCUCAUGGACGAACCGGACGCUCUCAUAGCUGGUGACGACGCGAAAAUGGUGGCCGAAGACAGCUCCAGAGACGCCACUCUGGAAUCCAUGGCGGAUGUUGACGACGACAGGUCAUCCCCUGAGAGACACACAGAAUUGUUCUGGGAAUCUAAUUCGGCAUCGGAGCGAUCGGAAAGCCGACGACCGUUGGACUUUAGCAGUGAUAGCGACAAAUGCUGCAAGAGCCCAUCAUAUGAUGAGACCAAUUCAACUGAUUCGAGCGGGGUCGGGACUCACAUGAGACUGGACUCCGUGAUCAAAGACGCGAGGGGGAUCGAAAGGAGCGGCAGCGCGGAUGGCUCGUCAGCCGAUGAUACCCAUCCGCCGCUGCGCACGUACCCGCCGAAGCGAACGUACCAUCCUUUGGAAGGAGAAAUGGAGAGGAGCCUGAGCGGGAAAACCCGCGCCGGAGAGCGGUCGCCGGACAGCGUGGAGGUGCGGCGCCGCGCGUCCGGCCGCGGCGUCGUCAAGCGCGGCUGCCACUGCUGCAACGGCUCCCCCUCCCCCGCGCCCCCCAGACCUAAGAAAUCCCGACAGAGAAAACCUACCAUGGACUUCACCAACUAGGACUAUUGUGAUUAUUUGUAUGUACUUUAGGCGGCGUUCGACGUUCUCCCGUCGACGACUGCCAGACUGAAAUGCGAUCUCCUACUCACGAGGUUUCACUUUUUUAGCUGUAUAAUAUUGAAGUUGUUGAAAUUGUUUUGUAUAUAAUUUUAUAAGUAUAUAUAACCUAUAUCUAAGUUCACGGCAGAUUUAAGCGAUGUAUUUUUGUUAACGUUUUUCAUUGAUUUGAUUUUAGUAGUUCCUUUUAGCUGUUAUUAUUUUUAAGUCGCUACUGCAUCGUCACCUAUCAGUUCAAAUUCUUGAUGAAAAAAAGAAAUAUUGUUUUCUUUUAUUUUGAUUGUUAAAUUUUACUUCAUGUAAUAUAUCCAUAUACAUAUUGUAUCGAAAUAUGCGCUGUAUGAUAAUAUAUAUUUCUAUAGGUUACCUCCAUAUUUUAGGGUAAGUGUUUUCGUUAGUGAUACUGGCCAUACUCAAAUGUGAAUUUAAUCGUCUUUAGAUAUAGAUAUUGUAUUAUUUGAGCCAGUCCUCGAUGUUAGACUGACGUUGGCGCUUCGCCGUCGAAGCGAAGUUAUCUGUGAGUAGUAUUUAGUUGUAAACUUCCACGCCAUGCACAAAACAGACCGCGAUAUAUUUGCGCGUCCUUUUCGACAUUCGUUUAUACAAUAUCCCCGUGCCAACGUAAACAUUUGACGCGGCACUUGAUCUUAUUUCCCAAAGUUAUUGCUGUAUUUAAACUUUUAUAGUAGCGAUGUGUUAAGAUAGUGUGAUUUAAUAUCCAUAGUGUAAAAGAUGUAAAUAUUUCGCCUCCGAUUUGGAGGGGGCUAUCUAGUCACUAUAGUACCGAUAUUGUUAGUCUUGUAGGCCCAGUGCGGUCUCUGGCUCCACUGUGACAGGCUUAAAGCCCUACUUUCGUGCAGUAUUCUACCGCUUGUAUAUAAACGUGAUGGUGUCGUAACCGGGCAGCGUAUGUUCGAAAUUCAUUCCGAAUUUGUAAAUAGUGGGGGUAAAUUCUAGUGAAUUUAGUGGUCGCGUCCCGCGAUCGUUAUAGUGAAAAUUAAUCGAUACACUCUGGGUCGGAUUUGAAUUAACAGAUAGUUCAGAACUUCAUGUAGCGUAAGAUAGAGUUAUUAGAUAAAAUUAACUCGACGUGUCUAAGUCAUGGCUAUGUAGCGGACGCUCGAACGCGUUCGCCUAUGACUCGAGGCACUAAAUUAAUAUCCAGUGUUAUGGUUAAUGUGUUUCUGUGAGUACGGAACAUUCGGUGUAAUAAUUUACGUUCCAGAAUGAAAUCAAUCUUCUGCCAUUUUCUAAAAAUAAGGUUCAAAUUUUUUAUAUAAUCCAGUAUGUUGUUAUUGUUCGGUAAGCUGUAGGUAACCUCCGAUGUUAACAAACUCAGUAUUGCAUUGCGUUCUUCUUUUGUUAAAUUUUUCAUCUAGAAAUUUAAAUUUAUUAGCUGUAAAAACUAUGUUUAGGAGUUUAUUUUCUUGUCUUAUUUUGAAAUGAACCGUCAAUGUUUCGUGAUUCUGUAAAAUUAUUUUUAAAAGUGCUACAGGAGAAAUGAUCAUUAAAACUUAUCU